GACAAUGAUACAAAGGAAACGAAACAAGGAGACAUGCGAGUGUAUUAAGGAAGCGGCUGUGAUUUUAGUAGCGUACAGUCAGUCACAUGUUUAUCUUGUAUUGAUCCUAUGAAUAUCGCGUUCAAAAAUGACAGCUGGAUCCAGCCAGCGGAAUGCAGCAGUGGUCUUAUUAAUCUUUCAUGUAUAUUUAUAUGGGAGUUAUCAACUGACUGAGUUACAGGUAUGUCAUCUCUGCAACAGAACAGUGCAGAAUAGCACCGCUCUGGGCCAGUUCUGUUCCGCGUCUGCGGGCUUGGUUGACGGAUGCUGCUGCCUGCUGCGGAAAGAAAACACCAGCAAUGCUGACUACGUCAUCGGGUUGGACCUAUCAAACUGUUCUCUAAGUCAUGUCGAGGACCUUCAAGAGGCAUCAACAGCUGCAAUGAUAGAUAUCUCACUGAACCCCAUAGUUCAACUGAACAAUUCACUGUUUCAAGGCUUCAUCCAGUUGGAUGACCUGAUUCUGCCUGUCAACCUGACCUGUCCAGGAGGCAAUACAUCAUGGAAUAAAAUGGAGGUCAAAGGGGACACACGUCACUGUGAAGGACAGAAGGACAUCUGCAACCAGACUGGACAUCUGUCGUUGAACUGCCCUGAGAACUCCCUCUGUGCAGCGUACGGUCCGGGCUUCUUUGAGUGUAACUGUGUGGACAACUUCCAUGGAUACAAGUGUCUCCGAGAGGGGAAGUUCCAUAUAAUCAAGGUGUUCGGGAUUCUAGGGGCCUCCACAGUCCUGGUCUCCAUCCUGCUCUGGGUCACCCAGAGACGCAAGGUCAAAUCUGGCUGAGGUUGUACCCACUCCCCUGGUCUGAGGCCUGGUCCUGGGACUCCACUUGGAAAACACUUGUUUUCCAGUGAUGCUGAUAUUUUUUUUUAAAUUUUUUUAAUUUGACCUUUAUUUAACUAGGCAGUUAAAGUUUAACUUUAACUUAAGUUUAACUUAAGUCAGUUAAGAACAAAUUCUUAUUUUCAAUGACGGCCUGGGAACAGUGGGUUAACUGCCUGUUCAGGGGCAGAACGACAGAUUUAUACCUUGUCAGCUCGGGGGUUUGAACUUGCAACCUUCCGGUUACUAGUCCAACGCUCUAACCACUAGGCUACCCAUAUGAAGAGACAGGGGGGGGGGGGAUAUGUGACCAUUUUAAAACUGACUUUAGCGUGGAAAGUCAGUGUAUUCUAUGGUAAUGACAGUUGUAUCAUUGACCUUUAUAGUUUUAAUCAUCUGUUUUGACGAGGUUGUUAAAUCUUUGUUUUAUCACCACAGAUGUUGCAAUUGUUGUAGCCUUUAAAAAAAAAAAAACAACAACCUUGCAGCCAUUUCCCUAGAUCAACAUGAAAUCUAAGAGAUUGUGAUGCGGGACAAUACACGACCUCACUUUAUGGUCUACAGUAUGUGCCAAAUCAUUAAAAGUUGACUAAGAUGCUUGGGGCCAGUUUCCCGGGACAUCGACUAAGCCUCGUACAGGACUAACACAUCUAUUUCAAUAGAGAUUCUCCACCGAGCAUGUUUUUAGUCCAGCACUACGGUUAAUGUGUGUCUGGGAAAUCAAACCUUAUACUUGAUCAAUGAAGCAUGAAUUGUAGUAGAAGCAAUAAUAUGCAGUAUAAAGUAGCAUUAUGCACCCCCCCUUAAUUUUUGGUAAAACUGACAAAGAUAUCGAUUAAUGAAUUACAUUAUAGGGAGACACGAGCAAAACGCAGAGAGUACUGCAAAUGUUGAAUUGUUGUUGUAUGUACAGAUUGUUCAUGUAAUAAUACAUUUUUGCUGUUUGCUGUUUUGUAUUUCAUCUUGGAUUAAAGAAGAUAUGAUAUACUGACAAUAUAGAUGUGAUAUACUGACAAUAUACUGUCUAUUGAACAAAAAUAUAAAAGGAACAUGUAGUGUUGGUCCCAUGUUUCAUGAGCUGAAAUAAAAGAUGCCAGAAAUUUC